GCUGUUGGAUAACUGAACUGGGGCAAAAGUCACAGCGAGGAUGCCAAGGAGCGACACGUGACCAGAUCCCGGCGCUCUGAUUGGCUGAGAGGCCGCUUGUGUGGCAGUGGAGCAGUGGUAGCUUCCAGUCUUUGCUGUUUGCCCGACAUGAAAAUGCUGCUCAAUAAGGUGUUCAGAGCCGGUCUGCGGUCUGGGAUCCGUCUCCAGAGUUCAGCUGCAGCCAACGCAGCGUUGUCCAGCAGCAACGGAUCUCUGGGCUUCUCCUUUGAGCUGACGGAUCAGCAGAAGGAGUUCCAGCAGCUGGCCAGGAGGUUUGCUCGUGAAGAGAUCAUUCCUGUUGCUCCUGCUUACGACAAAAGUGGAGAAUAUCCAGUCCCACUCAUCAGGAAAGCGUGGGAGCUCGGCCUGGUCAACGGUCACAUCCCACAGGAAUACGGUGGGAUGGGUUUGUCCAACUUUGACAGCUGCCUCAUCACAGAGGAGUUGGCUUACGCCUGCACAGGGGUCCAGACCGCCAUGGAGGCUAACUCUCUGGGACAAAUGCCGGUUAUCCUGGCUGGAAACGAUGCCCAGAAGAGGAAAUACCUGGGAAGGAUGACUGAAGAGCCUCUCAUGUGUGCCUACUGCGUGACUGAGCCCGGAGCAGGCUCUGACGUGGCCAACAUCCAGACCCGAGCUGUGAAGGUGGGAGACGAGUACGUCGUUAACGGACAGAAGAUGUGGAUCACUAACGGAGGAAAGGCCAACUGGUACUUCCUUCUGGCACGAACAAACCCAGACCCCAAAUGUCCCGCCAGCAAAGCUUUUACCGGCUUCAUCGUGGACGCCGACACUCCGGGAGUCACACCAGGAAGGAAGGAGAUGAACAUGGGCCAGAGGUGCUCGGACACCAGAGGAAUCACCUUUGAAGACGUGAGGAUACCGAAGGAGAACGUCCUGAUCGGAGAGGGAGCCGGAUUCAAAAUCGCCAUGGGAGCCUUCGACAACACCAGACCUCCAGUGGCAGCAGGAGCGACCGGUCUGGCUCAGAGAGCUCUGGAUGAAGCCACCAACUACGCCCUGGAGAGGAAGACCUUCGGCAGAGCUAUAGCUGAUCACCAGGCCGUGUCCUUCAUCCUGGCUGAGAUGGCCAUGAAGGUGGAGCUGGCCAGGAUGGCGUACCAGCGCUCGGCCUGGGAAGUGGAUCAGGGCCGCAGGAACACCUACUACGCCUCCAUCGCCAAGGCCUUCGCCGGAGACGUCGCCAACCAGGUGGCCACCGACGCCGUGCAGGUGUUCGGAGGCAACGGCUUCAACAGCGAGUACCCGGUGGAGAAGCUGAUGAGAGACGCCAAGAUCUACCAGAUCUACGAGGGCACAGCUCAGAUCCAGAGAAUCAUCAUCGCCCGAGAACACCUGGGAAGAUUCAAGAAGUGAGCGCCUCGUCCUCGUUCACGCAGCUUUUCUAUACGUAACACGAACAGAGUGUUUGCCUUAAUGUCGCUUCAUCCCGCUGCGGGGACUCGAACCCCGCAGGGCCAUCGAUCAAUUUAAAUGUCGUUUAAAUGACAAAAUAUCGCAUUACUAUUUUAUGUUUGUCAAGUUUGCUUUCAGGUUAUUAUCAGUUGUAAAUAUAAGUUCCAAAAAUCCUCAGCAGGCUGUAAAUACUGGCCGCAGAAAUCAAACCCCACAAACAAACCGUUUAUUAACCUGCUGCUGUUUACCACUGACCUGCCAAGUGAGACUGUGAAAGUGCUGCUACCAGGUAAAGGUUUUAUUUAAUGAUUUUAUACAUUACAGAUUAAUACUGAAGACAUCAGAACUGGAAAAGAACAUAUGUGGAAUUAUGUUGUAAACAAAACGGUGUCAAUCCUCAGUAUUGAUCUAUAAUGUAGAAAAUAAUACAAAUAAAUAAAAAGCACUGAAUGAGAAGGUGCAUCCGGAGUUUCGACUGGUAAGUUUUAGGUUUUCUUUGUGAGGACAGAUGAUCAGUUUGGAUAAGAAGAUCAGCCUUAUUCCCAGAGGGUUAGAGUUGGGGUUUGCAGACUUGUGCUGAUUCCUGUCGCCGUCCUGAUUGUCAGUAAACAGAUGAUUUAUUUUCUUCACGCCUUAUUGCAUCUUUCAUCUCCUGCGUUUGCUCUGAAGAUCAAAUUGUAAAAUAGUAAAAUCCGUUUCUGCACGGAUUGUUUGGAGACGUAUUGUUUGUAAAACCGCAUUGCUUCCUGCUGUUUAACUCCUGACCUGUGCAGACGAAAGUGUAGAAGUCACUCGACAUAACGGUGAAAUCUUCUGUCUGCCAUCCGUUUUUUAAAUUAUUACAUUCAUCUGAGAUGCUGUGGUUGUUUUUGGUACAUUGCUAAUGCAAAUAAACAUGUUUUAUUGGAAGAACUGA